AUGCGUUGUGAAAUCUGUAGGGUGGCUGUACAGCUUGAACAGAGUUUGGGUGAGAUUUUUCACACAUUCGGUUCACUUUAUGAGAUACUCCAACAUUUUCCUGUUAGUCAAAAGUGCGUCCAUAAUUACGUCACUAGCCCAGAUGUUUCGCGAGGCCUUAUCACAAAAAACGUAACAGAAGCCCAGACUGCGGUUCUUGAAUACUUAUGGAGUGUCGGUCAGUCUGUGGUUUGCGGAGUAGAAGAGAAGAAUAACGAGGAAAUUCUUAUGAAAGCCAAACUGGAAAAUGAAUCGAAAGCAGAUUGUACUGAAUCAGACGACUGUAACUCACACUCAGAAGAAAGAAAGGACGACGAAUUACAUUUAUUUAUGAAAAAAAUUUUGAAAAUUAGUCCGAAGAUCUUGUUCGCUCCGUCAGGUGGUGAUGUUGAUAGAGUGAUCAGUAAAAUGAAUGAAAGUUUGACGUUAAUUGCUGCUGGCGAGCAUUUGGCAGGUGAAAUACUGGAAUUCACUACUGAUUUGAAAGGUGCUUUAGAAAGUGAUACUGAUUCUUCAAAAAAUGGGAUUUUUGGCGUUUUCUCGUCUGCUUCGGGAAAUAACAGCUUCUACAAAGUUUUUCAAGGUUGUGGGGAAGGAGAAUCAAAAACUAGUUGCUUAAUUCAUAGAACGGAAUUGAUGCAGGCUGCAGCGUGUACGUGUUUGGACGCUUUUAAUGGAAGUAACUUAGAUUUUUUUAAGGGGUUUUCAAGUGAAAAGGAGCUUGUAAAUUACUUUAUCAACAACGCCACGCGCGACAACGUAACUGUUAUUGCAAGUUUGGUGUUUAAUGUUACAAAGUCUUCGAUUUUUCCACCGCACAUUGUGUAUAAAAUUAGACAGAAUAUUUCAAUGACUCCUACAACCUAUGCUGCAAAAACAUUAUUCCGCUACCCGGGGCCACGCGAUUAUGAUGACAGUUAUUAUAAAUUCGGGUUUCUCUUUAUUCAAGUUAGUACUCUACUUUCUUUUCAGGAUUUAGUUGAAAGAAGCGUAAUUGAUGUCGUUAAUGGCUUCACUGUAAGCGAGCCUGGAACUUAUAUUCACGAGGAACCUUUCCCAUGUUUCAUUUAUGAUAAUGCAUCAUCCAUGAUAAUGUCAAAUUUUUUAGAUGAUGUGUGUUAUGGGAUUGAGUCCAAAUACGUUAUGGUUGUCGUGGUUCUUGACAGAAUUUAUAAUUGUGUCAUUUACUAUAUUUCUUCUGACACUUCUUCUGCGGUAUGGAAAGCUAUUGCCGCUUUCCAAUCCGAUACUAAUUUUUCUUUUCUUGGAGGAGUUUUGCACAGCGACGAUUUUGAUGGGGUAGCACAAAUUGUACAAAUGCUCUUAUUAUCAUCUCUGUAUUCGAAAGCAAGGAUUGCAAUCGUUGGUUCAGGAACUAUUUAUCUCCUUUCUUAUUUUCCAUGCGUAUUUAUUGCUGUUCGGGAGCAUGCAAUUCAAAAACCUGUGCCGUUCAUAUUCAAACUUAUGAGUUCCCUCAGUUCAACGUCUGCUUUUGGCAUGGCUAUGAAAAGCCUAUUUUACUUUGAAUCGACCGGAACUGGUUGCAAUUUUACUAAUUUUUUCAAAUCUCCUGUUGAUGAAGAUGCCUUUAGCGUUGCUUGGGCAAUGGGGCUUAUACUUUUUGAUUGCUUAAUAUACAGCUGCUUAACUAUUUAUUUUGACAAGGUCCUUGGAAAUUCUGGAGUAAAAUGUAAAUGGUAUUUUCCAGUAACUUCGCUUUUUGACUCUUCCUUAUAUUUAUUGGGUAUAAAAGGUGCCAGUCUUUCUUCCCAAGACAUGGUAUCGUCUCAAUCGGCUAGGUCGCCAGUUGAAAGGGAUUAUGAGGAAUAUGAUCGUGCUUCUGAAGGUUGUGAAAUUGCUGUUUCUCUGGAAAGUGUAUACAAAUUUUUUGGUUCUCGUGUAGCGGUUUCUAACGUUUCUUUGAGCAUGUACAUGGACCAAAUCACAGUCCUCUUAGGUCAUAAUGGAGCGGGAAAGACGACAACUAUGAACAUCAUAACCGGGUUUUGUGCACCUUCAAGUGGGAAUGUCAUUAUUGAGGGACGUAAAAUUGUCAGUAGGCGAGAUGUUCUUAAUUCUUCGUUAGGGCUGUGUCCUCAGCAUAAUGUUCUCUUCGACAAUUUAACAGUACGAGAACACCUUUACUUUUAUGCAACAUUAAAGAGUGACCCUCAGCGCUGUGAAAAUGAUAUUUAUGACCAAGUUGAUACUAUGCUUCAUGACUUGAAGUUGUACGAGAAGCGUUACGAAAUAGUUGAUGCUCUCUCAGGAGGUAUGAAGAGGAGACUGUCGGUCGCAGUGUCAUUUAUAGGAGGAUCCAACGUUGUUAUUCUCGAUGAACCUACAGCAGGAGUUGAUCCUUUUGCAAGACGUGCUAUUUGGGAUUUUAUCACCAGUUACAGAAAAGGCCGAUCCAUUAUGAUUGCAACUCAUUUAAUGGAUGAAGCUGACGUUCUUGCUGAUAGAAUAGCAAUUAUGUCGGGAAUCUCCAGUUUCUGUUCAAAGUAUGGUCCAGUGCCGACUUUUUUUAGCAGUUCCUGUAACGAAAAAACUUUUCGGUUGAAAGGGUGGGAGGAUAGUGAGAUGAUUGGGCUUUUAACUGCUCUAGAGACAGAUGAAAACUUACAUGAGUUGGAUGUAAUGUCAUAUGGUCUUAGAGACUCUACGCUUGAAGAGUGUCAUCAACUUUCUAAACAAGGUCUAUUUUCAGUUUCCUUAGAGCAUCUUCUGCAUCAUAUAAUUUACAAGUGCCUGAAAUCGAGACUUUCUGCAGUAGAUAUUUCUGUCAGAAUUGUUUUUAUAGUAGUUUUUAUUGCUGGAGCAAUGGGGGUAGCAUUACCUGCGAUAAUAAUGGAAACACCACCACCGUUGAAACUGAAUACUUUUCAGUACACUAACAUUUCGUUAAAACAACCAAACUGCUUAUACUUUACAUAUGAAAGCGCUUUUGGAAGCAAAAAGCAUUAUACACUUUCGUCAAUGCUUGUAAAGUCACUGUAUAGCGUUCCUGGUGUAGGAGCGGAAUGCCUUAUCGCAAAUAGUUCCCACAAGCAUUUAGACGCGGACCUUCCAGAAAAUAUAAAAUAUAUGCACAAAACAGUGACUUAUGAUUUUCUGAUUAGUGACUGUCGUCGGCGCAACGGUUUCUCAAAAGCACAGCAGAAACUUCUGCGUUCAUUCAUGGUGCCUGAUUACGUUCGUCCACGAAGCGCAACAGGUGUGGAAUAUGUCAAUUAUCCGGAGUGUAUUUGUCUGAACCGAGGCACAGGGCAGAUCUGCAGUGGCGGGAACGAUAGCGCACGUCAUCGUCAGUUGAUGACUGGCGAUAGAUUGUACGAUCUCACUGGUGUUAAUCUUACGAAAUAUGGCGGGUUGAGUUUUGGGCUUAAAAAAAAAGUUGUCCCGGAUAACUUCAACACUGAAGGUACACCAAGUCUGCGUUUUAUGGCUGUCCGGCAUUUGUCAAAGGUAUGGUUCAAUAAUCGUGGCUUGCAUGCAGUGCCUAUUUUUCUAAAUGUUCACAACAACGCUCUGCUUCGUGCUUCUAUUCGGCAGAAUCCAAAAUUUUCUUCUCAUAAUCCGGGAGCGUACGGGAUUACUUUAAUAAAUCAUCCAAUGGAAGGUUCUGCAACUAUUAUUGAUAAAAUUCGGGUCAUGGAAAGCAAUGAUGUCUUGAUUGCUGUAUUUCUUGUUGCUGGCAUGUCGUUUGUCCCAGCAUCAUUUGUUUACUUUUUGGUCUAUGAACGUGCAUCAUUUGCCCUUCACCUUCAGACCAUGGCCGGUCUUGGCAGCCUUGUUUAUUGGUUUGCUAACCUGUUGUGGGAUCUUAUAAGCUAUUGUUUGUCAGCGCUAACAUGCGCCCUUACCAUUAGAUUGAUUGCAACUCCUUUGUAUAAUCGAUAUGAAAAUUUUUUGGGGAUAACAAUACUGGUUCUGGUAUAUGGUGCUUCUACUACUCCGUUAAUUUAUCUUUUAUCUUUCACAUUUGACGACGCGUCAAAUGCCCUUGUAGCUACGCUUUUCGGCCUCAAGGAUGCAUCUAUAGCGGCACUUGGUGAAAUAGUUCAUAAAAUUUUUCUUAUAUUUCCUGGCUUUUGCUUGGGUAGCGGUGCUAUGGAAAUUGCGUUUAAUGACUAUUACAAUCAGUAUUACGAAUUUAUAGGAAAACCAAACAAGAAAAAGUCUCCAUUCAGGAAAGAUAUUCUGUUCGAGAAAAUCUUCGCGAUGUGUUCCGUUGGCGUUAUGUCGUUUUUGCUAACAUUGCUCUCUUCUACGUCUUUUGAAAGGGUUUCUGAUGGGUUGCCUGAACAUAUUAAUGACAAAGAUGUUGAAUUAGAACGGCUUCGAGUUCUGCGUGGAGACGCCGAUGACGACAUAAUACGAAUUGAUUCUGUUAGUAAAUUUUAUAAAAAACGCUCAAAGCAAAGAACAAGUGGAAUUUUGGUUGCUGUUGACGAACUGUGCUUGGGUAUACCUGAAGGCCAGUGUUUUGGCCUACUCGGGGUAAAUGGUGCGGGAAAAACAACUUUAUUCAAGCUUCUUACAGGAAUUCUUCCUACCAAUUCUGGAAAUCUUUUUAUAUGUUCAAAAAAUAUUAAAGAAAGACCGGAUAUGCUGUCUAAAGUUGGUUACUGUCCUCAGUUUGAUGCUUUGUACGAUGAGCUCACUGUUCGUGAACAUUUUUUCUAUUAUUCGCUGGUUCGUGGCUAUAGCUGUUCGUCAGCUGGUGCUCUCAUUGAAGAACUCCUAAUUCGUUUGAACCUUUCAAGUUAUAGAGAUAUGUGUGCUGGAGUUUUAAGUGAAGGUAAUAAACGGAAACUGUCGGUUGCUUUGGCUUUGAUCGGAAUCCCCAAAGUGCUGAUUUUGGAUGAACCAACAGCCGGAAUGGAUCCAGCUGCUCGGCGAUUUAUACAAGGUCUUAUAAAAGGUCUUUCACUUAGUGGUCGGUCUGUCUUGUUCUCUUCGCACAGUAUGGAGGAGUGUGAGAUUUUGUGCGAGCGUCUAAGCAUCAUGGUAAACGGUCGAUUAAGAUGCCUUGGCAGUUGCCAGCACCUUAAAAACGUCUAUGGAAAUGGUUAUUCAAUUCGAUUGAGGUUUAAGAAAGACCGGCAGGAUAAAGACAUAGCAAAUGCCUCUCGGUUUCUUUUGAAAAAUGUCCCAGAAGCUGUUCUUAAAGAAACUCACUUUUGUUAUGCACAUUUUGAAGUUGCUGACGUGAGGCUCAGUUAUCUUUUCACUGUAUGCAGUAAUCUUUGCAAACAAGAAUCAUUCGGAGUUGAGUACUAUUCAGUGUCUCAAAACAAUCUUGAUAAUGUAUUUAUCUCUUUCGUUCGUGAACAAUGUGAGUCCGAAAAAGAUUACGGUAGUUCUAGUAGCGCUAAAAACUGUUCUCUGGCUGUGACAAAGUAG